CGCGCCAGCCCGGAACGACUCGGUGCACCAGCCCGGUCUGGGCCCUGGUAGAGGCUGGUCUGAGCUUGCAUGGCAGCCAGUCCAGCCAACAAGGUGCUGACCCAGCGAUCCCACUAGAGAUAUAAACCGUCUCUCUUCCCACGCUCUCUCUCUCUCUUGCCCCGGCACUCGCUCUCUCUCUGUACACCCCGAUUAGUCAAUACAUCGGCUUCUUAGUGCAUGUAAUCGGUGUAUUACAGUCUGGUGAACCGCGUCAAUUUUAAUCUGCCCAAAAAGGAGUCUCCAACGGCUCAACUGGAUAACCUGUGACGGACGAUGGGAAAUUUCAAAGUGGCGGCCUUGGCUGUGGCGGCCAUCCUCGGCGUCUCUUCAUUUGCUUCCCAACACCACGGACCUAGUCCCGAUUUACCUGAUUUACCCGAUUUCCGGCAACCCAACGAUGGCGUUUUGGAAGAGUCGGUGGUCAGGUUCAACCUCAGCGUCGCCCGCAAUUUUUCUUCGUUGAUGUUUGACGUGACGUGAGGGCAACUUAUCGUGGCCGCAAGGGACUAUCUAUUCCGCUUGAGCUUGGACGGAUUGGCUCUCUUGGAAGAAUCGCGCUGGCCAGCCGAUGACAAAGCGGUCAAAGACUGCCAACAAAAGGUCCAACGGAAGGACGACUGUCACAACUUCAUCCGCGUUCUGCACGUCCACGGUGAUCAACUUCUGGCGUGCGGGACCAACGCCUUUACUCCCCGAUGCUCCUGGCGUCCGCUCAAGGCCAUCAACAACAUCUCGGAAUGGUCAACGGGCAUUGACAGAUGUCCGCAUAGCCCUCACAGUCACAUGAGCAGUUUACUGUCGAGCGGACCGGCAGGCACGGCCGAUUUGUUCAUCGGCUCGCCGACAGACUUGUCCAGCCAGGAGGUGGCUAUCUUCCGGCUGCCUUUGAAUUCCUCCGUUUCCAGCACAUCGGCUGACAGUUUCAUUGUCGGCCCGCAGCUUGGGCAUUUGAGGACGUUGCCAAGCAACGUCAACUGGCUGGACGCUGCCGAAUUCGUGGCGUCGGUGGAAGUGGACCAGUUUGUCUUCUUCUUUUUACGAGAGGCGGCCAUCGAGGUCAGCAACUGCGGCAAGGCCGUUUACUCCCGUGUGGCCAGGGUCUGCAAGAACGACAUGGGCAGUGGCCAGCAGCAAAGGCUCAAAGACAGUACGUGGACGACCUUUAUCAAAGCCCGGCUCAAUUGCUCAGUGCCGGCCGAGUCUCCGUUCUACUACGACCACAUUCAGAGCGUCGUCUACGUGGAAGAGGAGCGGCUCUUUUACGCCGCCUUCACAACAGCCGAAAAUUCAAUUGCUGGAUCGGCCGUUUGCUCCUUCACCCUGGAUUCGAUUCAAGAAUCGUUCGCCGGUCCGUUCAAAAUCCAGUCGAGUCCCAAUUCGACCUGGGAGAGUGUCAACUCGACUCACGCCCACUCGCAUUGCAAUUCUGUUGAGCCGAGCAGUUCUCCGGUGGAAGCUGGAAAGUAUCAGCUGAUGGAUCGCGCUGUCCAAUCUCUACCUGGAAAAUACGGAAGUAAACCACUGAUCCAGCUGGAUUUGGAACGAUUCAACCACAUCGCCGUCGACGUGGUCGCCACUCAAAAUCAUUCGUCCAUUCACGUCCUCUACGUGGCAUCUCGAGACGGUCUCGUUCGCAAAUAUUCCGUCCUGCCCAUUACUCAGGAACGCUGUCUGGUCGAAAUUGUCGAUCCUUUUGCCCGGUUGAGCCAACCGGCCGACCGCCAGAUCCAAACGAUGCAAUUCCUCAAAGUGCAGAACACGCUGUACAUUGGAACGAAAAACGAGGUGAUCCGACUGGCCAGUCGACGAUGCAAGCGAUUCGCCAACAGGACGCAGUGUCUCGAUUCCGCGGAUCCUUACUGCGGAUGGCAGUCGCAACUGGCCAAGUGUUCGCCUCCGCCCCACAACAAUCCGCACGCCUCCUGUUGGGAGCAGCUGCAGCAAACCCUCACCACCUGCCCCACACCCAGCACUCCAGAAGGGAAAAGCGUCAACGGCGAAUCAUCUUCUAUUACGAUUGUCGGAGGCGGAGGUGUUUGUGGCUGCAACGAGAGUUCCAUUAUCGCCAAACUGGCCGAGCAAGUCAAACAGGGAGCACCGGGCGUCGACGGCAAACCUGGCAUGACGGGCAUUCCGGGAACUCAAGGUCAGAUGGGACCGACUGGACCUGAAGGCCCAGCUGGAGAGAAAGGAGAACGCGGAGAUGGCGGCCCAAUUGGCAAAGAAGGUCCUUCUGGACCCAAAGGCGAGCCCGGUCGAGAUGGACCACCCGGUGAUCUAGGAAAACCUGGGCUACCAGGUACCAAAGGAGAUCGAGGAACCGACGGGGAAAUGGGUCCUACAGGCGACACUGGCGAGCCGGGAUUGCCAGGAACCAAAGGCGAAAUUGGCCCUGCGUGUCCAGUCGGUCCUUCGGUUAUUUCCAGUGUCGAAGGAGCCAAAGGAAAUCGAGGCAAACGGGGCAAGCCAGGUCCUCCUGGACCUCCUGGACCUCCAAGCGAACCGUCAAAAUCAGGAUCGUCUUCGUCGUCGCAAGGUGGUGAGGGGAGCCCAAUAGGUGUGGCGCCGGGAAUAGUCAUGCAUCUGUUCUUGUGUACAUCCAUGUGAGUGUGGAUGUAUUCACAAGGACAUGAUUCAUUCCUUUUCCCUCAUCAAGUCUGGACUUUAUUCAUCCAGUUAAAACACCCACUCGAUUAAGACCGGCAGUUAACGAAUAUUCAUCCGCCCAGGGAUCAACCUAUUCCCGUUAGCGUGCCACACCUACAUAGGACAGGUCCGUCUCUCGAAAAGUGAUUGCCAAGAAGACGAUCUCGCAGGCGUAACGUUCUAGAUUCCUUCUCCGACAGUCCGACUUGAAUGUUAUUUUCGUGACCAAAACAUCCAGACUCUGCUCAACAUAGUCAUGUAGCUAUGACCUAUACAAUUUAUCUCUGUCAAAUAAGUUUUUCACACUUUAGUAAUUUGAUAUUUAUAGUGAUUGUUUCCAUGUCUGUGGCGUGGAAGUUCAAGAGCUGAUGGACUUUUUAAAAGUGCUCCCCAUAUUCCAAUUGGAAUGAAUGGUUUAGAAUAUUAUUAUGUGUGAAAUGUCGAACAGCUUGGCGAUGAAGGUCACCUUAUCUCAUUCUCCUUUUCAUCUUAUUGAUUUCGUCGAAGGCCUUGGUCUUUGUCUUCAUUCCUCUUAUUCGCUGGAGACCUUGGUCCUCUUCCUUUUAACUAAGCAUUACCCAGAAUACGCAGAAACGUAACGUUGAAGCUAGAACCUAUUUUUCUUUCGUACCUAUACGUACACUUGUAGGCAGAGUUGGUUUUGCUUUGCCUCUUACUGCUUCUAGAAUCUUUCCCUCCGUGUCUAUUUUCUUUUUUCCGGCCUUUACUGGUUGUGUGAACCGAUACUGGACGUUUCGCUUUUUGACUGUUUUGUUGGGAACAGCAUUAAGCUCGGUCCUGUUCGCACAUUGCAAUCAACGAGAAAAUUCCGAUCGUGACAGAGUAAACAUUAGACCAACUACGACUGCGC